UUCAAAUCAGCUAUGGUACCUGUACAGUUUCGUCAACAUUUAUCUUCAUUUCCUGGAGACUUGGGAGAAGAAGACAGGACGUACUUUAUUUUGGUGGAGAACAUUAAACACCAUCAACUGAUCUUGGUCUACAUCAAGAAGCUGGAGGAACUCAUGAGAACAUCAAUUUUCAUAAUUCUUCUUUCUAACGCACUGAGCAUCUGUUUACAUGUCCUUGGAUUGGCGGUGAUGCUACAGGAAGGAGUUGACUUACCUUCAGUAUUGAAGAUGUUAAUUACUUUUCCUGCCUAUUCUUGUGAAACUGGUCUCUACUGCAUGUUUGGACAAGCAAUAAUCGAUCAGAGUGAGCGCCUGGUGGACUCGGCUUUCAACUGCGACUGGAUCAACAUGGGCCCUCGGUUCCGGCGUUCACUCACCAUCUUCAUGCUCCAGGCGUCACAGCCGCUCAACGUCAAAGUCGGGAAACGGGUCAUCCUGUCGAGGCAUACAUUUCUGAGGCUGCUGAAUGGAUCAUAUUCAUUAUUCAACAUGUUACACGGAGUGCAGAAAUAGCAGGCAUCUGAAAAACAGUAGUAACAACUUUGCUACGUAUUGCUACAA